CAGAUGUCAAGUGCUCACUGAGCUGAAUUACUUCACUGGAGAGAGCCACACAACACGAGAAUUUUUAAAAGGUCCUCUGGCUCUCUUUUCCUUUGGGAUGACGAACAGCUCCUUCUCCUGCACGGUCUACAGCAGGCUGGAACCCUUCACGUAUUUCUACUAUUUGGUCUUCCUGGUUGGAAUUAUGGGGAGUUGUUUUGCAGCCUGGGUGUUCAAACAGAAGAAUACCAACCACCAAUGUAGAAGCAUAUACCUAACCAAUCUACUGACGGCCGAUUUCCUGCUCACUCUGGCGCUGCCAGUGAAAAUCGUGGUUGACUUGGGCGUGGCACCAUGGAAGGUGAGGAUAUUCCACUGCCAGGUAACGGCCUGCCUCAUCUAUAUUAAUAUGUACCUAUCAAUCAUCUUCUUAGCUUUCGUCAGCAUUGACCGCUACCUUCAACUGAUCCACAGCUGCAGGAUUUACCGAAUACAAGAGCCCGGAUUUGCUAAGAUGAUAUCCACUGUGGUGUGGCUAAUGGUGCUUCUUAUCAUGGUGCCAAACAUGAUGAUUCCCAUCCGGGUCACCGAUGAAAAGCUGAAUGUGGGCUGCAUGGACUUCAAGACAGAGUUCGGGAAAAACUGGCAUGUGCUGACAAACUUCCUCUGCAUUGCAAUCUUUUUAAAUUUCUCAGCCAUCAUUUUAAUAUCCAACUGCCUGGUCAUCCGCCAACUCCACCGAAACAAAGAUAAUGCCAAUUACCCAAACGUGAAGAGCGCGCUCCUCAACAUACUCUUAGUGACGGUGGGCUACCUCGUAUGUUUCCUUCCUUACCACCUGGUCCGAAUCCCAUACACCCUCAGCCAGACCCAAGUCAUAGCUGACUGCUGGACCAAGAACUCCCUCUUCAAAGCCAAGGAAGCCACCCUGCUCUUGGCGGUGUCAAACCUGUGUUUCGAUCCCAUCCUGUACUACCACCUCUCAAAGGCAUUCCGCUUAAAGGUCACUGAGACAUUUGCCUCGAAUAAGACCAGGGCGCAGCAAGAGAUGCCACGGUGCGAAGGCGAUGCCUAGGAUGUGCACUGCUGCCUGUUAUCAUGCUGGGCAACAGGUUUGAAACGAAGAACAGAGAAGCAGUGAGGUGUUGAGAAAUCUCAGGAAGUAAAAACACAGACGUGCUAGUGAACACGACG